AUGGAUUCAAGCAACAAUGAAACAACCCACGAAUUCCCACUUUUCAAAGUCUACAAAGAUGGUCGAAUAAAAAGGUACUCAGACCGUUUUGCCAACGGAGGUCAGGACCUUGUACCAACCGGCCUAGACUCUAAAACCGGGGUCCAAACCAAAGCCGUCGUCGUUUCACCCAAAUCAGGUGUAUCAACUAGACUCUUCAUCCCCAAAAUCAAUGGCCCAAAUCAAAAGUUUCCUCUAGUUGUUCACUACCACGGUAGGGCCUUCUGUAUUGGAUCACCUUUCAUGAAAGUCUUUCAUAACUUUCUUGUUUCCUUAGCCUCAGAAGCUAAUGUGGUCGUUAUUUCCGUUGAUUAUAGGCUAGCCCCAAAGCAUGCUCUUCCAGGUGCAUAUGAAGAUUCCUGGGCCGCAAUGCAGUGGAUUUCAGCCCACUCAAAUGGGCAAGGACCUAAACCAUGGUUGAACCAGUACGUGGAUUUCAGGCGGAUUUUUAUGGCGGGCGAGAGUGCUGGGGCUAAUAUAGCCCAUUAUGUUGCAGUCCAAGCUAGUGUUAAAGGAUUGGCUGGUCCUAAUGUUAUUGAAUCAAUCUUAUUGCACUCGUAUUUUGGGGGUAAAGAGCCUGAUAAAAUGAUUGAUUAUUUGUACCCGACUAGUGCUGGGUUCAAGGAUCCGAUACUGCACCCGGAAGUGGAUCCGAAUUUGUCAAAGAUGGCUGGUAAGAAAAUGCUGGUUUGCGUGGCGGAGAAGGAUUGGCUGAGAAAGAGUGGUUGGAAUGGUAGUGAAGGAGUUUUUGAGAGCAAGGAGAGGGGCAUGGGUUUUUUCUAUUGA